CGGCGGGCGGGGCGGGGCGGGGCGGCGGCGGCCGGAACCGUUUCCUGGGUAAGCGCAGCAGGCCGGGAAGGCGCUUCCGGCCGGCCGCGUCCCGCAGCGCGCUCCCGGCGGCUCCCGGCGGGCAGAGGGUGCUUCAGCCAGCGAGGGACGUGAAGCCCUGCAUCUCCUUCGCAACUCAAGAGGCUGUGCUGUUCUGGGAGCGUCUCCUGGUACUCUGCGCUGAAUUGGGGCUUUCUGAGCUGAAAUGAGACUUUCUUGAAAAUGAUGCUGUCUGCAGUGAAAUGUUGAAGGCAGCAUGGUGCAGUUUGCAGUAGAAGCCAGCCUUGACUUCUUCGGUUUGAGCUGAGAGUGCCGUGGGUGCUGGUGCUGAGGACCUGGUGCUUUUCAUAUGAGCUUUUUGCCGCUGAACAGGGAGAGUAAGUGAUCUGUUAAGCGUUUCGAUCUUGUACUUUGAAAGCAAUUGACAACGUGCGGUGAUGUGCUGACUGGCGCUAUGGGCAGGCGGUACCCAGGGGCUCACUAUCGGCCAAGCAGCUCAUAUUUCAAAUUAUAAUCUAUUUCCUGGUGCAUUGCUGAAGCCCCGUGAGCCAUGUCAGAAGUACUUCCAGUUGAUUCCGGUGUGGACGCAUUGGCAGUGUUUAUGGCAAGCAGCAGCACGACAGACGUUGUGAAUCGCAAUAGCCCUGCCACCCCACCGAACACCCUUAACCUGCGCUCCUCUCAUAAUGAACUGUUGAAUGCAGAAAUCAAACAUACGGAGACCAAGAACAGCACUCCUCCAAAAUGCAGGAAAAAAUAUGCACUAACUAACAUUCAGACAGCCAUGGGUCUUUCUGAUCCAGCUGCACAGCCCCUUCUGGGGAACAGCUCUGCCAAUAUGAAGCUGGUGAAGAAUGGAGAAAACCAGCUCAGAAAAGCCGCAGAGCAGGGACAGCAGGAUCCCAACAAAAACCUCAGUUCCACUGCAGGCAUAAACAUAACUUCUGAGAAGUUUGAAGGUAAAGAGCCAAUCCCACAGGAUUUCUCGGGCUGUGAAAUAUUACCCUCACAGCCAAGGAGAACCAAGAGCUUCCUAAAUUACUAUGCAGAUCUGGAAACGUCCACUAGAGAACUAGAACAGAGUUUUGUUGCGAUGGAAGAUAAUUGCGCACAAAGCAACAGCCAGGCUUCUACCGUUAUUGUCAAUGGAGAAGUCCUGCCCCGGAAACAAAACAAGCUGUCGAGCCCAGAGGAUGGCCAAGUUGCCAUGGUGUCAUCAAGUCCGGAGACUAAGAAAGACCACCCUAAAACUGGGGCCAAAACAGACUGUGCACUACACAGGAUUCAAAACCUCGCUCCGAGCGAUGAGGACUCCAGCUGGACAACGCUGUCACAGGACAGCGCUUCCCCGAGUUCGCCCGAUGAAACAGCAGAUAUAUGGAGUGAUCAUUCAUUUCAGACAGACCCAGACUUACCACCUGGCUGGAAAAAAAUCAAUGACAUUGCUGGGAUCUACUACUGGCACAUACCAACAGGAACAACUCAAUGGCAACGUCCUGUGUCCGUACCAACAGACCUCCAGGGCUCACGGAAAGGAUCACUUGGCUCCAUUACUCCGUCUCCCACUCCGGAAACUGAGAAACAGCCAUGGAGUGAUUUUGCUGUACUGAAUGGGGGAAAGAUUAAUAGUGACAUUUGGAAGGAUCUGCAUGCAGCCACUGUGAACCCGGACCCAAGUCUAAAAGAAUUUGAAGGAGCGACAUUGCGCUAUGCCUCUUUGAAGCUCAGAAAUGCUCCACAGUCUGAUGAUGAUGAUUCCUGUAGCAUCAACAGUGAUCCAGAAGCCAAGUGCUUUGCUGUGCGCUCUCUGGGCUGGGUAGAAAUGGCAGAAGAAGAUCUUGCUCCUGGAAAAAGCAGUGUUGCUGUGAACAAUUGCAUCAGACAACUCUCAUAUUGUAAAAACGACAUCAGAGACACUGUUGGCAUUUGGGGAGAGGGCAAAGACAUGUACCUUAUCCUGGAAAAUGACAUGCUGAACCUGAUCGACCCCAUGGAUCGCACUGUUCUGCAUUCGCAGCCCAUCGUCAGCAUCAGAGUCUGGGGAGUGGGUCGUGACAACGGCCGAGACUUUGCUUAUGUGGCAAGAGACAAAGAUACAAGAAUUCUGAAAUGUCAUGUGUUUCGAUGUGACACACCAGCAAAAGCCAUCGCCACAAGUUUACACGAAAUCUGCUCAAAGAUUAUGGCUGAACGGAAGAAUGCUAAAGCUAUGGCUUGCAGCUCAUUACAAGACAGGGCAAAUGUCACCCUCGAUGUUCCCCUGCAAGUAGAUUUCCCAACACCAAAGACAGAACUUGUACAGAAGUUCCACGUGCAGUACCUGGGCAUGCUUCCUGUGGCUAAGCCCGUCGGAAUGGAUACUCUGAACAGUGCUAUUGAAAGUCUAAUGGCUUCCUCUAGCAAAGAAGACUGGAUGCCAGUGACCAUGAAUGUUGCUGAUGCUACUGUCACAGUCAUCAAUGAAAGAAAUGAAGAGGAGAUCAUGGUGGAAUGUCGUGUCCGGUUCCUGUCCUUUAUGGGAGUAGGCAAGGAUGUCCACACAUUUGCCUUCAUUAUGGAUACCGGAAACCAGCAUUUUGAGUGCCACGUUUUUUGGUGUGAGCCAAAUGCAGGCAACGUAUCAGAAGCUGUUCAGGCUGCUUGUAUGUUACGGUAUCAGAAGUGCUUAGUAGCCAGACCUCCUUCACAGAAAGUUCGACCACCCCCACCUCCUGCAGAUUCGGUCACUAGAAGAGUUACAACUAAUGUAAAAAGAGGAGUGUUGUCCCUCAUUGACACUUUGAAACAGAAACGCCCUGUAUCUGAGAUGCCAUAGCUGCGUAAGAGAGAAGAUUCUCAUAACGUUUAACUGAAGAUAACAGUAGCUACACUAAGGAAAAUGAACUGAUGAUGUUCGGCCUUCCAUUUUAAAUUGCUGAUGCUUUGUCUUCAGAGAAUUUAUCUAUAUCAAAACAAUGUCAGACAAGCAUGUUCUCUCAUUCUUGCCACCGUCGUGUGAUAUGAAAAGAAGCAUGAAUAAUUUUUUUGCUGUCAGUGAGUUACAUCAUGAGCAAUGGAAGGUCUGUUUCUGAUUGUAAAUACAUGAACAUUACCUAAAUUCACACACAAAAAGAAUAUGGCCACAUCCCUCCUAGUGAACUCAUGCUAAAGUCCUUGGAGUAAGCGAUGCCUCAGUUGAUAGUUUUUACUGUCUUGAGCUGGAUUUGUCGCAAAUCAAUCUUAAAUCCUACAGCACUUUGCUCUGUUUUCAACACUGGAGUAGGUACCAAGUAUUAGCUACAAUUGAAUUUUUGUAGAUUUAAUACCGAUUUUUUUUUUUUUUUUUGCAAAACUACAUCUGUUAAAUUGUUUGUCAACAUUCGUCUAGCAAUCACUUUAACAGCUCUCCCUGACGUGCUUUUGAACCAUGGUGUCAUUUCAUCUCCUGUUAUUACAUUAUUAGAGACAAAUCGUGUUUAAUACCUAACCAAUGCUGAAGAAUCCAGAAGAGUUUUGAGUAACUGAAUUUGGGGGAUCGGCUGAAGCCUUUCAUCUUUAACCAGACAAAUGUACGUGUUGAGUGUUAUUCUCCCAAGUCUUUAUUAAGGCAUCAAAAAUACAGUUUGUUUCCUGUAAGGCUCAUACCAGUCAGAAGAAAAACUAGUCAGUAAUUUUACUGUGUCAAAACUCCUAGAGACUAGAAUUUCCCCUUCCCCUCGGAGUUUGCUGCUGAAAACUUAACAUGCCACAAAAAGAACAAUCAUGUCUAGUUAUUUACAAAAUUCCAUCAAAUUUCUUUCAAUACUCAAAAAUGACAAAAAGUGACAAAAUAAUGAAAGAGUUUUCUAACAGGAUACAGUGCUUCAGGUGUUGCAACCUGAUUGCUUGCUCCAAAAGCUUCAUGUAGUCGCACUGAUCCACACUACUGCAGAUCCUGACAAAGUCAGCACAGUAUUGCCCCCUAAAAUUGUACCUCACACUAAUUUUCAAAUGCAGUUACACAUCUUUAGUUUCUCCCCUUGCCGUCUUCUGUUUAGACCUGCAGUUUCAUACAAAUUGUGAAAAGGGAACAUUAAAAAUGUUUCUAACCAGUGUUAAAAAUGCAGUGCCUCCAUUUAUAGAUACUUUCCAAAGUAUAACCGUCUCCCAAGUCUCCAAACUUGGUAAUACUGUAAUUUUAAAAGAACAUUCUCAAGGCUGCUAUGGCAAGAACUCUUUUCUACCUUAAUAUGCAAAGGAUUGUUAGACUAUUUUCUCUUUUCCUUAUUUAAAAAAAAAAAUCAAUAGCAACCCCUGGGCAAGGCAAGUUAUGAAUACAAGGGGAAAGGAAUGGUAAUUCAAUAAAUUUUUGCAUUGAAAAUGUAGGAAAAUUUAUUAAAAAAACCUCAGCUUGAUGUAUGAGCAAGUGGCAGGUAGGCUAGCUAUGCAACUAGUGUAAUUAAAACUGCCUCUCUGUAAUACCCUCUGAAGAGCUGAUCCUCCACUGAUCUCGAAAUCUCUUCUAGGACAGAGAUUCUGCACCUAAGGCAGUGAAACUGUCUUUGCCCUCUCAAACCUCACAUUCCCACUUCCUCCUUUGCACCACCUCUAUUGCUUGUACAGUUGGAGGAGAAAUCAAAUCAGCUUAAUGUGAAUAAGCUCAAAGAGAGAAAUCAGUCAGGUCUGCAAAUUUGAUCCAGUUUGCUACCUGGCUGUGCAGAUGACUUUGUUGAUGCAAGGGAGGCAGGGGGAGCACAUAGCUGGAGGUGAGGAGAGGCAAAGAAAAUCACCCCUUCAGACAGCAGCACUGGUUUAAACUGACCAUGAAGCCAGAUACCAAAGCAUGGAGGAGGCAGCUUCCAUACCUGCUUUAUUCCUCUGUUUCUCUAGUUUCUGACUGAUCCACUGAAGUCUGCUAUGAACAGUGUUAAAAUUUGUUUCCUAUUAUGAUGGCUACCAAAAGUCAUCAGAUGGUAACUGAAUAUGUCUUCAAGUAGGAUCAUGAAGUUAAGAGAUAAAAGGUUCCUAUCAUCAUCCUAUUGAAUCAAACUUUGACUUUAAAUUACAGCAAAUUCUUCGCAACUGUCUUUUUAAAGUUCCACCUGGAAACUCCAGGAUUUGAUUUGCAGCUGGCCUACAACAAUGAAUUUUAAACAGUAUAAUUCAGUUCUGUAGCUGCAUCCAUAUAGUGCUGAUUCUCCAAGACAGAAAUGCAGACUCUAUAUUUAAACUAACACUUUGCAAACAGCAGUAAAAGGUUUUUCAGUGUGUGUCAUCCAGGUGAUGAACAUCUAGUUAGCUUUCACUAGAAAAGUGUGCAAUUGGAGGAAGGACUGAGAAGAUAGAAAGGUAUUCGAAAAGCCAUACGUCACUUGCCAAUGUAUAUUUUAAGAGUCUUGUGUCUGCUACCAAAACGUUGCUGAUUUUGCAGAUAAAUUUAAGUAGUGUGCUUAAUGAUCAGAACAGGAGUGGCCCUUUUGCUUCAGUAGAGCUCCUUAUUCUCCAAAAGAUUAAAUAUACACCCAGCUGUUUGCAGAAUCAGAGCCUAAUAUUGCAAAGCCAGUUAUCCUUUGUUAAACAAUAUAUUAAGGCACUCUUUUACCAUGGCCAAAAAGUACGUAUGGAGUAUGCGUGUCUGAGCAACUGCCAGUGUUUUUUAAUCGAUGUUACAGUGACCCUUCAGUUAUCUAUGCAUUUUUUUUAUAAUAUGUAGUGAUUCUGUAGGCAGACAGCCAUCUUCACUAUGCCUUGUAUGUCUGAUGUCAUAUUUUAAAUUAACCUGUUAAAUACAGCUUAAAAUAUUUUUAUUUUAUUUAUUCUAUUUUUACUGAAAUAUCCUGCAUUAUUAUGUUGAUGUAUUUGUCUUUUCUGGACAUGAUCUUGCAACAGUCUCCACUCUGUAUACUAUAGGUUGCCUAAAAAAAAAAAAAAAGGUGGGCUUUGUAAUUAUUUGUAGUCACAUUUUUAUUGAAGUCUGUAGAAAAAUCAUGUAAAGCUAAUUUCUUAAUUUUUUCAAUGCAAGUAGUAAGUUAGAGAUAAGUAUCACAUGUCAGUCAUUUCAUUCAUAUACUCCCUUGCAGAAGCAAGGAGAUUUAUAGUCACAGUCAAUGACUAGAGAUAAAAGCCUUUCUUUUGAAAUCUGCAGUGCUGGCUGUAGGUUUUAUUUAAGCCACUUACUAUUUCAUUUAAAGGGGAGAAAGGGGGUGUAGGAAGCAUAAGCCUAUACAGGCCACCUACAGGUUGGUUAAAUAGGAAUAACAAGAAUUGCAUGAAAGGUCAUUGAUUCCACUUACAAUAAAAUGAAUUCUUAGUGAUAAACUUUGUGUGCAGAACUACCUGUACCUAUCCAAAUAGUAUGCCCUUUUGUGACACAGGAAGAAAAGCUGUGGAGUAACUAAUGGGUUAUGCCACUUCUGUGUCAUUUGCUAAGAGUUCUACAUCCCUUUUCUUUUAAUUUUAUCAAGCAUUUUUAGAUCCCUAAUUAAAUGAAUUGUUAGUAAAUCACAUGCAGAAAACAGAACUGUUCUUAUUUCCACAGCUAAUAGGGGCUCAGCCUUUACAGCAUUACCAUUAACACCAUUACUCCUUUCUUGGGCAGGUUAAUUGCAUAAUACAUUGCUAAAACUUAUGCUGUACAGUCAGCAAUAGUAGGUUUGAUUUAUUUUAACAAAAGUAAGAGAGAAGGAAAAACACCCAUUGUUUGUUUAUCAGCAGAGCUCAGUGUUACAUAAAGCAUCUGACUGACACUGAAAAGGACAAUUUUCCCUGCUGUUGACCACUUCAACACACUUAAAUGUAAUCUGUUCUGAGAAUAAAUUUAGCUGCAUAAAAUGAUUGUCUCAAUUGUUACUGGUCCGUGAAACUGGGAAAUUAUUUCUUUUGUCAUUUAAAAAUAUGCCUGAGGGGAGGGAAAAAUCAUACUGGUUGUUUAGAAGCAAUACCAGUAUAAUGGACACUUCCAUAUCUGGAAAGCUGAACUAACAGUUGUCAGUAAAAAAAUAAAAAUAAAAAAAUAAAAAAAUAAAAAAAAUAAAAAUACAUAACUGGAUUUACAGAAAA